CUAUCUUGAAACAAAGCCAUAAACUAGAAAAGUAGACACCAGAUAAAUAAUCGUAAUAAACUGAAAUAUGUUCGAGAUAUAUUUAUUUACAUUCCACUUUAAAUGCGUCUUCAAUUAACUUUCAUCUCGCGAGAUCUUUGGUUUGAACUUGUUCUUAGGUGCGUGCUGCGCUGGUCUCCAAUGAGUGCAAAGCACAGCUUCCUCUCGGCUCAUCCGAUGCGCGUCUGCGGGCAGAUGGGAGCAGAUAUGAGGGGGACUGUGGCUCCUCGUUAUUCUGUCUGACGGGAACCCUCGUCCUCAGCAUGUGGUCUUUUCGGAACCGAGCGCGGACGGUUCGGACGUGGAGACAAAACUUUUUCACAGUUUCAGCUACUUUGCGCUCCAACGGGGCUUCGAUGGCGUUGCUCAUUCAGGGAAGAUGUGGAGAACUGCAUCAACACAGCUUUGCACGGCUGCUCGGCUCAAACAGGCCUCUGAAAGGUUUUGAAAAGUUGUUCCCGAAGAGAAAGGAAGGAACUGGCAGCCAAACAUCAGCAGAAAAUAAAAGAAGUAGAGAGCAAGACUCACUUCGAACCAAAAGGCGUGAAGGGAAUGAUGGCAGGGGUGAAAGAGGAGGAGAAAAGGAGAGAUCUCAGUGGUGGAAACGAUUCAAGAAAGAUUUUGCCUUUGAUGAAAAGACUGUGCAGAACUUUGCUCUCGGCGCUGCGGGCAUGACCACGGCCUUUUUGUACUUCCACUUCAGGGAAACUGGAGUCCAGAUCUCCUGGCAGGAUUUUGUUCUGUAUCUGAGCAAAGGCGUGGUUGGUCGUGUAGCGGUGGUCAAUAAACAGUAUGUCAAAGUGUUUCCGGCCGAUGGAGUGAACUCAUCAGAAGUGGAUUAUUUGUGGUUUAACAUUGGCAGCGUGGCCUCAUUUGAACACAAGUUGGAGAUGGUUCAGGAGGAAAUGGGCCUGGACUCCACACAGAAAGUACCCGUCCUCUACACCAGUGAAAGUGACGGGACGAUGGUUUUAAGUGUUCUCCCUACGUUCCUCUUGGCUGGCUGCUUACUAUUUGCAAAGCGACAGGGGCCCAUAGCCGGAGCACACGGCGGCAGUUUGAAAGGAAAUCCAUUCAGCAUGAAAGCAUCUAAAGCAAAGAUAAUUAAAGACUUUGGAAAUGUUUGCUUUAAGGAUGUGGCAGGCUGCGAAGAGGCCAAACUAGAGAUCUUGGAGUUUGUGAAUUUUCUGAAAAACCCAAAUCAGUACCGGGAGUUGGGAGCCAAGAUCCCAAAGGGUGCGCUGUUAUCUGGGUCCCCUGGUACUGGGAAGACGUUGCUGGCGAAGGCCACAGCAGGGGAGGCCAAUGUCCCCUUCAUCACAGUUAAUGGCUCCGAGUUUCAGGAAGUUUUUGCUGGGGUGGGCCCUGCAAGGAUGAGAGAUGUGUUUGCCUUGGCCCGCAAGAUGGCCCCCUGCAUUGUUUUUAUCGAUGAGAUCGAUGCGGUCGGCAGGAAAAGAGGCAGCGGGAGCUUUGGCUGGCAGAGCGAGCAGGAAAACACUCUGAACCAGCUGCUUGUGGAAAUGGAUGGAUUCAACAGCAGCACCGACAUUGUUGUGCUAGCCGGCACUAAUCGAGCUGAUGUCCUAGAUCCGGCUCUGCUGAGACCCGGCCGCUUUGAUCGACAUGUAUAUUUGGGCCUGCCUGAUAUAAAAGGCAGAGCAUCCAUCUUCAAAGUGCAUCUGAGACCUCUGAAGUUGGAGCCUUGUUUAAACCUAGAAGCUUUGUCCAGGAAGUUAGCUGCACAGACCCCGGGUUUCACAGGGGCUGAAAUUGCCAAUGUUUGUAAUGAAGCUGCACUGAGAGCUGCACGUCAUGUCAGCCAGUGCAUCAGUGCUGAGCACUUUGAGCUGGCUGUGGAGAGGGUCAUUGGAGGUCUGGAUAAAAACACUCAGCCGUUACAGCUUCUAGAAAAGACAACCGUGGCGUAUCACAGGGCUGGUCAUGCCGUAGCAGGAUGGUUCCUGGAGCAUGCAGAACCACUGCUUAAGGUUUCCAUUGCUCCUCGGGGGAGAGGUUUGGGCUAUGCACAGUAUUUAUCUAAGGAGCUGCACCUGCUGAACCAGGACCAGCUGUUCGACAGGAUGUGCAUGAUGUUAGGAGGACGCGUGGCCGAGCAGGUUUUUUUUCGACGAGUCAGCACCGGGUCCCAAGACGACCUCAGGAAAGUCACACAGACGGCGUACGAGCAGGUUGUUCAGUUCGGAAUGAACAAGGCUGUGGGUCAUGUUUCUUUUGACCUCCACCUUCAGCAAAACGCCGUCACAGAGAAGCCCUACAGUGAGUCAGCAGCGCAGCUCAUAGAUCAGGAGGUCCGCUCGCUUGUAGACGUCGCCUUCCAGCGAACACUUCAGCUUGUUGUCGACAAGAAGGAGAUGGUGGAAAAGGUGGCGAAGCGUCUGCUAGAUAAAGAGAUUCUGGACAGAACGGACAUGGUGGAGCUCCUUGGACCUCGGCCUUUUCAAGAGAACGGCUCAUAUGAGGAGCUUUGUGAAGCAUUAGAAUUUAAAGAGGAAACUCCAUAACCUGAAGGUCUAAAGUGUGGAGAGGAUGAAAAACAGAACAAAUUGCCUUUUCACAUGCUUCAUUAACAAAUUUACUGCGCCUUUCAGAAAUAUUAGUAUCCCCUGAACUUAACAUUUUGUCACAUUACAACCACAUCCAUCCAUCCAUAUUUGAUUGGGAUUUAUGUUGUGCACCACUAUAAAGCAAGGGAGUUUUUUUUUUCUUUUUUACAAAUCUCCAAAAAGGGCUGAUGUUUUCACCAUGACUCAAACAUUUCUAGAACCAAAUCUACAUGAAAUAUUUGCCUUGAUUGCAAAAUGUUUCAGUUUCUGCAAAAGUGUAUGGAAGAGUGGAUGUCUGUCUAAUACUCAGAUCUUAUGAUAGAUUGCUAAAUUGAAUAUGAUCUCCCUUUGAUUAGCUCAUGACUCUGCUUUGAUCUAAACCAUUUGAUCUGAAUCAUUACAUUCAGCCUCUAGCAGGUUUUCUUCCAUCAUUACCCUGGAUUUAGCUACAUCCAUCCCCCAUCAACGCUGACAACAGCUGCUUCUGCUGAGAAUUUGUUCUGCACUUUCUCUCAUUAGUUUUCAGUAAUGUCCUCUGCAUGAAGCUGCACCCUGAAAUUCAUUGAGUUUCCUUCAAAAAUUGCUUUUUUUGACACUUUCUAUGAAGACCACGCUGCUGGUCUUCAUAGAAAACUCUUGGACAGGUUGCAGUGUAAUACUCUUUUUAUUUUCAGACACUGGGUUUAACAGCAUUCUGUGACAUGUUUAUAGCUUAACACACUGUUUGAUAUUCUAACUACGCUUUAACCUUCUCCACUACUUUCUCUCAGUUUUGUCUGCUCUAUUUCUUGGUCUUUCUGAUGCUGUUUUUUUCCAUUAAUGUUAAUGAUCUCUGAAGCCUCCAUGAAAUAGCUGCAGUUUUAUAGAUAUUAAAUGACACACACAUGUUUUCUUUUUAGUAUUUAUAAUCCCUUGUUUUCAAUGGAUUAUUUAGCAUUAUCAGUGAAUACAAAUGCAUGCCACACUUUUUAGAAGCUAUAAAUUGUUUUUAUUCCCAACUCAGUAAUUUCAAUUCACUACUUUGUGCUGGUACAACAUGUAACAUUCCAAUAAAGAUGAAUUUGUGGCUGUAGCAGACUUUCUGUGCACCGUAAUGCCCAUUGACCCACUUUUCACUCAUUGUAAAAUUUGCUCUAUGGACAUAUGAAAGAAGUUAUUACUGUAACUUGAUCAUCUCCUUCAUGAAAUAUAGACAAAUUAAUAUCCUUUACUCCAUUUUUAUUUAUCAGAAAAUACAUUUUUUAAAUUAGGAUUUUAGAAGAUUUGUUUUAUUUUGUUUCAUGACGUUAAAAAAUGCCUUCACCGUCAUGUUUUCCAUAGCUUUAAAGCCAGGCAGACGUUUCAGAUGCAAAUAUUUCUGUAACCAUCUAUGUGAGCAAGACAAGCUCUUUUAAUUCAUGGACACGAAAACCACUGUAUGACUUUAUAUUGUCUGUAAAUCACAUUAGCUCAAUGUUUAUGUUUUCUGUUCCUGCUCAGAACAAAUGAGUUUAUAACAUUUGUUCAAGAUUUGCUAAAUACGACACUUUUUAAAAUGUUUUUUUUUAUUAGAAAUGAGAAUGAAUGACAUAUCCAUAAUUAUUUGCAGAAACUGAGUUUUAGUAGUCUUAAAAAAAUUAUUGAAAUAGAAAUUAAUUUAAAAAUUUUAACUCGUCCUGUGGGUAUACCUGUUGCAGACACCAGAAUAACUUUAAAUUGGCUUCUCUUUGCAAUGUUACUAAUUUUAUACAUUUUAAUUUACAUUUAUACAAUUUCUUUCAAAAAAGAAAGGUGUUUGCUGGAUAUGAAAAUGACAAUGCAAAACUUAAAAGGAGCCACAAUUUUAUUGAAUCCUCAACCGUCCUCUAGCAUCACAUUUGAUCCACAGCAUUCAGUUAUUGACAGUUUCCUAUAGGCAGGCUGAACAUGAACCAAGCAAUCUGUUAUCCAUUCACUGACAGUAAAGAAAUAUCUUGAGUUAAUUUUACUAUUAAAACAAAUGUUGGCACUUUGUUGCGUUUUUUUUUUUUUUUGGCAUCCACACAAAUUAUGAUGACCUUUGCUUUGAAUUUAUUUUCAUUUCAAGUUCUGCUCAUUUGCAUCCCUGCAGCAUCGACUGUGGCAGCCA